AUGAACGAUAUGACCGCCAAAAACGGUCUUCCAACGAUGGAAGAAAAACGACCGAUUCGAAGCCGCGCCCGAAGACGACAUCGACCAUUCUUAAUAAUUACCCUAGUCAUCAUCGGCAUAUAUGCGCUCUACAAUGCUAGUUCUGUAUCGUCAUAUGCGGUUCUUUUCGUCCCAGAUUCAUCCCGAACACAUCCUUCCACGAAAGCCGAACAGCCCGUAUUGGCGACUCAAGAGCUCGUCCCGUUCGAAGCACAUAUCAUGAGCAAAUGUCCCGACGCUAAGGACUGUCUGAGGGACCUAGUUCUCCCGGCUAUGAUGCGCGUAUACGAAAAAGUCAACUUCACAUUAUCAUACAUCGGAACGCCGACCGAAAAUGACGGUGUCGAUUGCAAGCACGGACCGGGUGAAUGCAUGGGAAAUAUCCUUGAGUUAUGCGCGCACCAUUUAUACCCGGAUCCUAAGAUCUACCUCGGCUUUACGAUGUGUUUGACGAAGGAAUACAAGAUGAUCCCGCAGCGUGAACUGGUCGAAGACUGCGCGCUAGAACAUGCUAUUGAUUUUGAGAAGCUGAAUGAUUGCGCUGCGAAGGAUGAUGGUGCUUUUGGUGUUGCGAUGUUGAGGGAAAGUGUAAAAAGGACCUCUGACGUAUGCCGGCGUUACGAAAAGUUGCACGGUUAG